GGGCGGGCGCGUGGCGGGCCGAGAGCCGGUUCCGGUUCCGGUUCCGGUUCCGGUUCCGGUUCCGGUCCCGGUCCCGGUGCUGUCGCCAUGGAGCCGGCCGAGGCGGAGUUCCUGGCCGAGAAGGAGCUGGUGACGAUCGUGCCCAGCUUCAGCAUGGACCGCGUGCACCUCAUCGGGGGCGACCUGGGCCCUUUCAACCCCGGGCUGCCGGUGGAGGUGCCCGUCUGGCUGGCCAUCAACCUGAAGCAGAGGCAGAAGUGCCGCCUGGUUCCCCCGGCGUGGAUGGAUGUGGAAAAACUGGAGGCAAUUCGGGAGCAGGAACGCAAAGAGGACACCUUCACUCCCAUGCCCAGCCCCUACUACAUGGAGCUCACGAAGCUGCUGUUAAACUACGCCUCCGACAACAUCCCCAAAGCCGACGAGAUCCGCACGCUGGUGAAGGACACGUGGGACACGCGCAUGGCCAAGCUGCGGCUGUCCGCGGACAGCUUCGUCCGGCAGCAGGAGGCUCACGCCAAGCUGGAUAACCUGACCCUGAUGGAGAUCAACACGAUCGGGACUUUCCUCACCCAAGCCCUGGACCACAUGUACAAGCUGCGGACCAACCUCCAGCCCGCCGAGAGCUCCCAGUCCCAGGACUUCUGAGGUACCCGCGGGGGGGGGGGGGCUUCAGAGCCUGCCCCGAAGCCGCUCGGGCGCUCGGCUGCUCUCUGCUGCUGGCGGGCAGAGCUCCGUGCCCCGCGCAGCGUGGGUGUACUUCGGAGAGGGAACUUCUGAGGGCAGCACAGGCCACGCGCUGGCUUGGAAGCGAUGAAUUUCGAGGCGGCGCUUCGCCGGGGGAACUCGCUCGGAGCCUUGA